AUGUUGAAGUCGCUGUACAAUCCUUCUAGUCCGUACUCCGCGCCCAUGAACCAGCUAGACAACAGCCCUGCGUGUUUGUCCUAUCUCACAAUAUACAAUCCGUCGCUCAAGUCUCUGGAGCCCGGAGAUGAGGAUGCACAGGAGCAAGCCCACAUCGUCUUCUAUACGUCCCGCGAUGGGGCUGUAUCUCGCGACAAGCUCUUACGGCAGGUCGGACUCGCAAAAGCUCUUGUUAGUUUCGCCCAUGCAUUCGGUGCCCAUGCUCCAGCGAUCGAAGUGCACUCGCAAAGGCGCCGCAUGGUGACGAUCUCCCCUGAACCUGGAUUCUGGAUUCAUGCCUGUCUUGAGUUGAGGAAGACGACGCGGCCCGCGGUGGAAUGCAAGCAACCGAAAUCCGGAGGCAAAGUACAAGACAAAUCUCAGGAACCUGCGGCACAAGCUGUAGUCGAAUACGAUGAAAGCUCGGUCAGCGAUGUCGCUGUCCAGACGCAGCUACAGAACGGCUACGAGGAAUUCAAGAUCCGCCAUGGCUCCUUCACGUCCAUCCUGGGUGCACUUGGGAAGGAAGCACUCGCUUUACAGUUAGAGCGCUUUUUCACCGUUUGGGCUGGGCAUUGGGACGUUGAAGCCGCGGCUGACUUCGUGGAUGACCGAUUGCCUGUAGGAGCCACUGUAGGCGCCAGUAGGCAUCGGAGCAGGCACUCCCCGUAGCCUCGUUGCAUAACUUCGGCAGCACAGAUCACGUUUAGUAUACUAGAUAGUGCAACUUAUUAAUCUCUCUCCUGUGAUGGACCGGUAUUGUGUAAGGACGAGGAAGUAGCUGAUAGACACAGGAGGAGAGACUGUAUACCGGCUCUUGUCACAUUGGAUUGAAGCAGUUGGUUAAC